CUUUGCAGUGCGUGUUUUGAUUAAUUUCGCUUGAAAAUUGGUCGCCUCCGUGUUUGCCCCAAAAAUUAUCGUUCCUCGCAGUGGCCAUUCGCGCAAUGGCGUCAGAAUCGGUGCAGUGUGCAGCGCUUCAUCGUAACGAGGUUCGAUAGGUUUCGCGUUUCGGUGUCGCUUUCGCUUUCGCUUUCGUUUUCGUUUGUGCUUGGCAUCCUAGCGCUGUCCUAUCGCUGGUGAAAGGUGGAAAGUGCGUGAAAGGCGUGAAAAUUGUUAGUGAAGCAUGGGAUUAUUUCCCGACCCCCCCAUAACGCCGAGGCUCAAGAAACGUCUGUUCGGUGGUGGCUCGCCGCGGAAGAGUGCAGCGGCGGCUGGCGGUGAAGCUGGUGGAGGAGGUGAUGCGAGUGCAUCGGCAAGGGGCAGUGGUGGUGCUGAUGGGGGUAGUGUGGCCGGGAGUAGCGGAGGAAAAGGUCGCGGUGGAAAGAACGAGGAGCGCGGCGGUGCAUCGGGUACUUUGUCGAAGUCUUCGACACCACAGCAGCUGUCCACGUCGUGGGAGUUUAUCCGAUCCGUGUCAGCUGACAAUCAGUACGAGGCGGAACGGGAUGGGCUGAACGAAAUCAUCGCCACCCCGCGCUACCUGGAGUUCCUGAAGAACUACCGCGAGGAGGCGGCGGCAAUCGCUGGCACGCCGGAAUCGCCUACCCUCGCCGUCGGCUCCGCCUCGCCACGCUACAUCGAGGUACGGAAGGGUCGGAUCGUCCUCGAAUCAUCCACCUCCUCCUCCGCCCAGCAGCCACAGCAACCUCCACUGCCAAGCAGAAACGGCGUCCAAGCGCCCCCGGACUGCGACAAGACUGAUUACCACCACCACCAACACAAACACCAACACCAGCAGCAUCAGCAGCAGAAUGGCCGGGAUUCGGUUUUACGAAUCACGCGUGACAAGCUGCUGCAGCAGGUUGCCGCCGGUGGAUAUCCGGUGCCCCCGUCGGUGGACACCAAUACCGUGCCGUCCGAAUUUCCACCCCUGCCUCCGUCGCCCCCGCCACCGCCACCACCCGCCCACCAGGGACAGGGCGAGUGGGAGAGCCACCAUUCCGCCGCCACCAGCAGCCAACCGUCGCCCCAGCACGAGUGUGGGAAUCUGGUGCGCAACACUUCCGGUUCGAUGUCGGACUCCUGCAAGAACACGGAAAUGUUGGAAGCUCGUAUUGCGGAACUAGAAGAGGCCUUAUUUAAGCUACAAGAACGAGUAAACCAAAGCCAAUGCAACUCACCAACAUUGGAGAAGGAGAUAAAGGAGCAUUUAGAAGUCAUGACCAAGGCGAUGAAAACAAAGGACCGAAAAUCGAUGCAAGUCUGCCGAGAGCAUAAAACAUUGCAGGUACGCUUUCAGAAACAGGAAAACAGUCUGCUGACGUUGCAGAAUGAAAACAAAUCGCUACACCAAAGAGUGCGCCAGUACGAGACGUGCCUGGACGACAUCAUGCGCAAGGUCGUCGACGCACUGGUGGCGGAGGAUAGCCUGCGGGACGAGGUGGCGAUACUGAAGGGCCGUGUGCGGGACCUGGAGGCGCAGAAUGCAGCCCUCGUGACGCACGCCAGCCCGGCGAAGAGCCGCGACGAAGGGUACUGCACGAUGAGCUCGGGGCAGCCGCAACCCCCGGCGGAAGGUCAUCUCGAGGAGCUACCGGAAGAGCCGGAACAGUGGCUGAUGUCGGCAGAACCCUGCACGGCUGACAUGGAGGACUGGAGCAUGUCACAGGAAGAGCUGGCGACGGCACUGGACGAGGAGAACCACGAGUGGAUCUGGAACUCGAGCUUUCUGACGACGGCGGAAACGCAAACGGAAGACAUUACCGCGCUGUUGCAUGAUCAGAUUGUGUACUCCGAAGAUGAGGAGGUAGCGUGUACGAACUUCACCCGGGACUUUUACCGACUAGUCAGCUUCACGUCCGGGAGUACGCGCAGUUUGCAGUCACCGUCGGCCGCGGGCGGUCCUUAUGGUGACGCUGCGUGCAUCGAUUCGGGCACGGCCGGUGACUCGAAGGAUACCAGCACCAGCACGCUAGAGGCUGGAACCGAAGGCAAGGUGGCCGACAGCAGCGACGAGGACGACGACAACAACGGCCGACGGUCUCAGAGUCCGACGCCGAGCGACGGCAAUUGGGCGCAGGUUCACAGCUGUUCGUCGAGUGAAUCGAGUGACGCCCUGACGGAGAAACUGCAGCUUCCUCCGCUUGCGGUCAACACAACCAUCGACGAGGUAGAUAGUUCCGAGGAGGUAGUCAUCCGGUGUCACCCAUCAUCGCCCGUAAAACGUGGUGCUCAAUCGCUUCCGCAGUCGCCAAUCCGACGUCCGCUUGUGGGGAAACCGGCGGGCGUUGUUGCUAACGACGACAGCGAAGGUAUUCGAAGGUCCCACGGUGGACGGAUGACCCCGUUGCCGAUGUCGCACACGGCCGACCUGCUGCAGGACGUGCUGAUCACCUGCCACAGCCAACUGAACGGAAAGGGUCACGCAACGAAGCUUCCUUCGAUCGCACAAUCGCCAGCUUCGGCGACCUGGCGGAGAAGUACGGGCUGGAGGAGAGUACAGCGUGGCAAUGGUGCUCACGAAACUCACAUCCCCGUUCCAAUCGGAGCGAAAGAUCGGCUCAAGUCUCCACCGCCAGUACCGAUACGCAGGACGUACGCCAGCUAGCCAACCGUACCCGAUGGCGUUGAGUAACUGUAUUUCGUGGGAUAGAAACAGGCGUCUGAUAUAUUAGUCCGGAACCUGAUCCGAUUUUGGAUCCGACAGCCUCCCGAGGCAGAGUCCGGAAGACCCUUCUUGUAGGUCCAAGACUUACAAAACUAAACAAAAAAGAACUAACAAAAUGAAAUUGUCGACAAGAACUAAUCAGGUUACUGCAAUAGCAAAGACGCGUAUUUAAGCGUAUGUUUACACUGAUAUAUACAUACCCUAGCUCGUAAUAUUUUGUCCUCGUGUAGCGUAAAAGGAUUGCAAAAUAUUUCUUACGAACUACGAACGUUCUACAAAUCUAGAGGUUGUGUAUAGGUAUAUACACAACAGGCAUAUAUACCGACACCUUACAUGCUAAAAAUAGAGGUUAACUCGUGGGCGCAUUGUAUUUGGGUGAAAAACAAAUGAAACGAAUUAAGCGUGGUGUGGUGUAUUACGAAAUAGAAAUGCAGACUUCGCUAUACUGUUGCGCCACCAUAAAUAGUAAACAAAACAAGCAAAUAAGCAAGCAAACGGGACAACCUAUUAAACACUAGCUAGUAAGAUACCAACUUUUGUGAUAGUACGUUUAAAACUAGAGGAAGAAAGAGACGAACUAAUAGUGUGUGCUCCACGUUUCACGGGAGGGAACGGUUAAAUUGUACUGAAAAGGUAGACGAAUGUUAAAGCAAAAACCUACACUAGCCCACACACAAACACACAAAGACACACAUAUAUACACGAACACACGAUGCACGUGCAAGUUCCAGUGUUUCGGAUCGAUUCAAACAAUGGCCCCGUUUACUGCCAGAAGAAACAUCGUACACUGUUUCUCGCCUCACACAAGCAACAUUGGAUGUACAGUGCAACAUUAGAAGCAGGAUGCAAACGGUCGCAAAGUGGUUGGAACUGAUGGACAAUAAGAAAUUUAUUCACCCAUUUCUCACAGGAUCACAGGAGUUUAGUAGAAUGGAACGGUUGUAAGCGUCGAAAAUGAAUUAGAGGAAAUGAUUUGUGGAUCACGCGAACCUAACGGAAGGUAGCCUCAGGGGAGCUUUAGCACCUACAACAUGGCAGAGCACUUGGUUGUGACCCGGAAGGUAAUGCGCGUCAAGGAUACCAGGGAAAAGAAUUAAGCGAACGCUCAUCCAACACCUUUCUUACGCCUACAUAUACACGUGGUUUUGUAGAUCCAAACAAAUUAUUAAAGUAAUGCCCCAGACUUUGUAAAUGUUAAUGGUUUGUGCGUUCCAUAAAUCUAUGGUUAAGGGAAGUGUAGAACUUUCAACCACAAGAAAGGACAAUACGGUUGCCGAAAGGACUUCGAGCAGUAUGAUGAUAGGUUAUGUCCUUAUUCCAUUUCUUUUCGCUUGCUCCGUAACGGUAUUUUCGAUUGGUGACAUUCACUGAUUUUAUUUUUUUCUUCGCUUUAUCAAAUCAGCUGCUUAUUAAGGGUUAUUCUUUCCAGUUGUAUCCCACUAGCGAUUGUUGUUGAAAGACAACAAUUUUUCUAUUCGCAUAGUGGUCGAUACACAGGUGAAUAGCAAGUAUGUCGGGUUUCUUUAAUUUUUUUAACUUAGCAGGCAAACAUUUUGUCUAGCAUAAUCUUUUGAAAUAUUUCAGAGGCAUCGUUUUUUUCGAAAAUGUGUGCUUCGUCUCAUACUAAAAUUCCUAUUAAAUUCCUUUGAUUUUCAUGGAAAAAAUACAUACAAAGAAAUUAUGAAACAACUAUUUACCCGCUAUAAUAAUUAACUUUUUUUUCUUUCCUUUUAAAUACAAAUACGAACCAUCUAACUCGAUAACCCCCUUAACAGUGAAAUAUUUCAUCGCUCGAAACAGUUGAUUUGAACAACAUGCAAUUGAUCUCGGCAAUAGAAAAUAAAGUUCCUUUGGCGUACUCACUCAACCAUUUGAUGAGGAAGAUAAGAUAUUUGAAGGCAAGUAGAUUUGAAAAACAACCUUAAAGUUACACGGUACAGUUGUUGUAUUCGGAAUAGAGUAUUGGAUCAAGAGAGUGUGUAUGUGUUUUUGGUCAGUGAAACGAAAUAAAACCGAGGGAAAAAAUGGUCCGCAAGUUAUAGGAAUGGUGGGAUAAGUGAAAUGUUAUGGAACUGUAGGAAUGUUUAAAGUGAGAGUAGCAGUAGUCAAGCCAAUGAACCCAAUCAAAAUCUUCUAUCUACCGGUUAUUCAAGCAAACACACACGUUUCCGUUAGCAAGUAUUUGUAAUACCACUUGUUCUUAGUAGUCACCAACAUCCUAUCUCCUGGCUCAUGCGUGGGCCCUUGUCAUUUUGCCGUGUCGCAUUUAGGUACUAACUAAUCACUAGGUGUCGUUGCGUACGGGAUUGUAGUAGGGGAUACCCCGGGGAUACCGUUAGAAUGGACCACUUACAGUGGCACGAGGGAGGUAGUGUGGGGGUGUAAGAAAGUUCGUUGUACCAAUUUACUACUCGUCCGACCGAUCGUCGUACACUUCACUCAUGAUAUCAACAAUCAUUCACUCACACAUCAUUCAUGGUGCAUAUUGGACUGCAAGGGAGGGCAUCGAAACUGACGGCGAAUAAAGUGGAAGUGGUAGAGCUUUCCUUGCGUGGCGGGUUGAAUUUACAUCUAACAUUAUUUUGUUGUGCAUACAUACAAUACUAAACGUUACAAACCGUACUGAGACGACGUAAUGCAUUAUACACUAUUUACUUUUGUAAUAGGUUCAAGCUCUGAAGAACGGAGGCACUAUUUAUAUAUCGAACAACGUAACAUUGCCUCAACUAGACGUAGGGUAAAAAGAGAUCGUCGGUUGGAAUCGAGCGCGCCGGCUACGAAGGAUGGCUAGGCGCAGAGUGCAGAGUGUGUCGGCCAAAAAUGCAAAUAAACCAUAGUUGAGCUAGAAAGGUCUUUCACUGGCAGGAGACAUUGUAGGGUUUGUGAAAAAAAAAUA